AUGAAGAUGUUGACAAGACUUCAAGUUCUUACCUUAGCUUUGUUUUCAAAGGGAUUUUUACUCUCUUUAGGGGAUCAUAACUUUAUAAGAAGGGAGAUUAAAAUAGAAGGUGACCUCGUUUUAGGGGGCCUAUUUCCUAUUAAUGAAAAAGGCACCGGAAUUGAAGAAUGUGGGCGAAUCAAUGAAGACCGAGGGAUUCAACGCCUGGAAGCCAUGUUGUUUGCUAUUGAUGAAAUCAACAAAGAUAAUUACUUGCUACCAGGAGUGAAGCUGGGUGUCCACAUUUUGGAUACAUGCUCAAGGGAUACCUAUGCAUUAGAGCAAUCACUGGAAUUUGUCAGGGCAUCUUUGACUAAAGUGGAUGAAGCUGAACAUAUGUGUCCUGAUGGAUCCCCUGCCAUUCAAGAAAAUAGCCCACUGCUCAUUGCAGGGGUCAUUGGUGGCUCUUACAGCAGUGUUUCCAUACAGGUGGCAAACCUGCUCAGGCUCUUCCAGAUCCCGCAGAUCAGCUACGCCUCCACCAGCGCCAAGCUCAGCGACAAGUCCCGCUACGACUACUUCGCCAGGACCGUGCCCCCGGACUUCUACCAGGCCAAGGCCAUGGCCGAGAUCCUGCGCUUCUUCAACUGGACCUACGUGUCCACCGUGGCCUCGGAGGGCGACUACGGCGAGACGGGCAUCGAGGCCUUCGAGCAGGAGGCCCGCCUGCGCAACAUCUGCAUCGCCACGGCCGAGAAGGUGGGCCGCUCCAACAUCCGCAAGUCCUACGACAGCGUGGUCCGCGAGCUGCUGCAGAAGCCCAACGCGCGCGUCGUGGUCCUCUUCAUGCGCGGGGAUGACUCCCGCGAGCUGAUCGCUGCCGCCAGCCGUGCCAACGCCUCCUUCACCUGGGUGGCCAGCGACGGCUGGGGCGCGCAGGAGAGCAUCGUCAAGGGCAGCGAGCACGUGGCCGACGGGGCCAUCACCCUGGAGCUGGCCUCGCAGCGCGUCCGCCAGUUCGACCGCUAUUUCCAGGGCCUCAGCCCCUACACCAACCACCGCAACCCCUGGUUCCGCGACUUCUGGGAGCAGAAGUUCCAGUGCAGCCUGCAGGGCAAGCGCAACCACCACCCGCACCCCUGCGACAAGCACCUGGCCCUGGACAGCAGCAACUACGAGCAGGAGUCCAAGAUCAUGUUCGUGGUGAACGCGGUCUACGCCAUGGCCCACGCCCUGCACAAGAUGCAGCGCACCCUCUGCCCCAACACCACCAAGCUGUGCGACGCUAUGAAGGUCCUGGACGGGAAGAAGCUGUACAAGGAUUAUUUGCUGAAAAUCAACUUCACGGCUCCAUUCAACCCAAAUCAAGGUGCAGAUAGCAUUGUCAAGUUUGACGCUUUCGGAGAUGGAAUGGGACGAUACAACGUGUUCAAUUUUCAGUACGUGGGUGACAAGUAUUCCUACUUGAAGGUUGGUCACUGGGCAGAAACCUUAUCGCUGGAUGUCGACUCUAUCCAUUGGUCCCGGAACUCGGUCCCCACUUCCCAGUGCAGCGACCCCUGUGCCCCCAAUGAGAUGAAGAAUAUGCAGCCGGGGGACGUCUGUUGCUGGAUCUGCAUCCCCUGCGAGCCCUACGAAUACCUGGCUGACGAGUUCACCUGUACGGACUGCGGCCUAGGGCAGUGGCCCACGGCGGACCUAUCUGGCUGCUUUGACCUUCCCGAGGACUACAUCAGGUGGGAAGAUGCCUGGGCCAUCGGUCCAGUCACCAUCGCCUGCCUGGGUUUCGCGUGCACCUGCAUGGUGGUGACUGUUUUUAUCAAGCACAACAACACACCCUUGGUCAAAGCAUCAGGCCGAGAGCUCUGCUACAUCUUGCUGUUUGGAGUUGGCCUCUCCUAUUGCAUGACCUUCUUCUACAUUGCCAAGCCGUCCCCAGUCAUCUGUGCGUUGCGCCGCCUGGGACUCGGGACCUCCUUCGCCAUCUGCUACUCAGCCCUGCUGACCAAAACAAACUGCAUCGCCCGCAUCUUCGACGGGGUCAAGAACGGCGCUCAGAGGCCCAAGUUCAUCAGCCCAAGUUCUCAGGUUUUCAUCUGCCUGGGCCUGAUACUGGUGCAAAUCGUGGUGGUGUCUGUGUGGCUCAUCCUGGAGGCUCCGGGCACCCGGCGGUACACCCUUCCAGAGAAGCGGGAGACGGUCAUCUUGAAGUGCAAUGUCAGAGAUUCCAGCAUGUUGAUCUCCCUCACCUACGACGUGGUCCUGGUGAUCUUAUGUACUGUGUACGCCUUCAAGACGCGGAAGUGCCCAGAAAAUUUCAACGAAGCCAAGUUCAUUGGUUUUACCAUGUACACCACAUGCAUCAUCUGGCUGGCCUUCCUCCCGAUAUUUUAUGUUACAUCAAGUGACUACAGAGUGCAGACAACUACCAUGUGCAUAUCCGUUAGCCUAAGCGGCUUCGUGGUCCUGGGCUGUUUGUUUGCACCCAAGGUGCACAUCGUGCUGUUCCAACCCCAGAAGAAUGUGGUCACACACAGACUGCACCUCAACAGGUUCAGUGUCAGCGGAACUGGGACCACAUAUUCUCAGUCCUCGGCAAGCACGUAUGUGCCAACGGUGUGCAAUGGGCGUGAAGUCCUCGACUCCACCACCUCUUCUCUGUGA